CUGGAAAGCUGCAGCUUGUGGCACAUUCCUCAGUGCAUGAUCGUGUGUGUGUGAGAGAGGCAGUGCUCGAAGUGUUGGGAUUAAACUUAAGCCUUCAAGAUCCGGACACACUUAUUGAGAUGCCAAAAUGGAGGAUGGACUUCUAAGCCUCAAGUGGAACAACCACAAAAUUACAUUCUUUGAAAUCCUCAGGGUACUUAGAGAAAAGGCCAACUUUACAGAUGCUACGAUUGCGGUGGAAGGAAAGUUCUAUCCAGUUCAUAAACUGGUUAUGAGCACAUGCAGUGAAUAUUUUAGUGAAAUUUUUGAAAGAACACCGUGCAAAUCUCCAGUCAUAGUGCUGAAAGAUGUGCGAAGUCAAGACAUGGAUGCGUUAUUGGAUUACAUGUACUUAGGUGAAGUGAAUGUGAACCAAAAUGACUUAGCUUCCUUAUUGAAGACAGCCGAGUGCCUAAGAAUUAAGGGCCUCGCGGUACCUGAUGAAGACCCCACAAAGUCUAGGAAAGCGCCGUCUGAUGACAGGAGAGAAAGUCCACCACCAAAGAGAAGACGGCAGGAAGACCCCCCUGCACCAGCCCCACCUCCAAGGCCAGUUUCCCCAAACAUUUCAGCAUCUUCAAAAACUACACCUUCAACUCAAACGUCUCCACUACAACACCAAUCUUCCUCUUUAUCAGUUUCUCAUCACCAAGACAAUGUACAAGAUUCAGUCUUAGACCCCCCUCCUAUGGUUAAAGUUGAAAUGGAGGACACUCAAGACCCAGAUGAUGUAUACAGAAGAGACAACAGUUAUGAAGGUGGUUCAUUAAAUGAAGGGGAUGGUGGGGAUUUUGGCACGGAGCUGUCAAAGUCUGAGCACGACCCCGAUAACUACGGAAGUGGUUCCUUUCCUGGUCCCUCCAUUCAGCCAGGGGGAGAUCUCCCGUGGGAUGAGGGAGACUCUAGCAGUUUCCCUCCAGAAGGCUUCUCGGGGGAUUUACCAACCGGCCAGCAACCUCAAGGGGAGGAGGAUGAUGGUGACCCAGCCAGCAGCAGUAGUGAUGGUGUUCGUGUGCCAAUGAUAUCCGUACCUUCUUCCCUUGGCAGUCCAAAUGGCCCACCGUUACUCACCCCAAUUUCCCAGGCUCGGCAGUGUCAGCUUUGUCUUGUUACUCUUGCAAAUGCAAACCUCCUCCGCCGCCAUGUAGAGGAUCACCAUUUCCACAUACGCAAGUAUGACUGUGUUCAUUGUGGAAAAAAGUUCAAGAGGAAAGAACACAAAGAAAGACACGAGCGAAUUCAUACUGGUGAAAAACCAUUUGUGUGUCAUAUCUGUAAUGCCAGGUUUACACAAAAGGAGCACCUGAAAGGUCACAUUGAGAAUGUUCAUCAUAAACAUGGUGAAAAAGGCUUAGAUGGAAUGGGAGACUAUGACAAAGAUAUAGAUGAUCGGGAAGACAGAGAAGAGGACGACUUGGAUAUGCCAGCCCCUUCAUCCUCCCCUCCCUCCUCCACCUCAUCACCAUCCCUUGCCCCUGUCUCUUCUCUUAUAGCUUUGGCUUCUUCUGCUUCACCAUUGACAUCUAUAUUACCUACAUCUUCCCUCCUUACCAGCACUGCAUCUAUCAUGGCAACUACAGCUCCAACUCUCAUACCAUCCAUGACAACCACAUCAUCAUCAUCCAUCACCUCACCAGCGUUGAUGCCGUCAUCAAUGUCCAAUGAUCUCAACAUGAACCAGUUCACUGCACUUUAUGCGCCAGUUACUCGAAAGACAGUGAAUUCACCAAACAAACAUAUGCAAACUAUUACUAUCAAUUUCAAUUAGUGCCAGUUAAUUUAUGUGUUUUGUAAUUAUUCAACAUUUUCUAGAUUUUUGUAAAUUAUUUUGGACUCACUGCCAUUUAGUGAUGAUGACUGUUAAGUCAUCAUAUUCUCUGUGCUUUUGCAUUAAACUUGUGAUUUAUCUUCAUCAGUCUUUCCAGACAUUCAAAAUAAGACAUUCUAUUGUGCUAAGGGAAAUGUAUGUUCCUUAUGAUUACUAUAAAAAUAGUUACCAUAAAUUUACCAAAAAUUACACCUCUCAAUUAGGUAACACCAAGGUAGCAAAUAGUAAAGUGCUAGAAAACUGGGUGCAGAUCAUAAGCUCUGUAUAGUCCCUGAGUAAUUUAUUUUGUAAUGCUUAAUUAUUAGGUAAUUUUUCCCUCAUUAACCUUUUUGUUUUAAUUGACAUCAUACCUUUGAAAUUUAAGUCAAAGCUCAAAGAGCCAUAAAUUUUUUUUAGAACUUUAUGCCAAGGAGAGUAAAGGUGUAACUAAAAACAACAAAAGACAAAUUUUCAUCUUGAAUCAUUCCAUAGCAAAUGCUUUAAGUUACUAACUUCUUUUAUGACUAUGAGUUCUACUGGGAAAGUGCUGGCUUGGUGCCUUACAUGUACUGCAGAUCUGUGAUAAAACUUUUUCAGUGCUUAUGAUACAUCACUGUUUUUCAUAAAAGAAAUACCUUGAUUUUGUGCAUAAUAUUUAAAACUGUGAGUAUUAUAACAUAAUAGUGCUGUUGACAUAAUUAAAGGAUCAUAUUUACAGAAAGAAACCUGUCAGAAAUUUGGUUUUUGCACAGAUUGAUUUGAAUAUGGGCAUUGUGGUCUGAUAAAAGCCAGUUGUAGCCAAAUAUAUGAAAGCCGAUAUUUGAUCUUGGAAGAUGAGCUGUCUUGUGUGUGUGAAGCUUAUGGGGGUUUGUUACAUGACUAAUCUGAGUUCCAAAUUGGUCACCCUAAAUUUAAGAGGUUGCUGCUCAUUCCAGUGUUUUAAGAAAUCAUUUUUAUGCCAAUUUACAUUAUCUACAUGCCCCAUACAUGAGAAAAUUUUGGCAUGAUAAAAGCUGGUCCCAAUAUAUAUUGGCAAAUAAAGUCUUUGAUAAGAAUUCAAGUUUAAUUUAAGUGACAAUAAAUUUAUCAGAUUAUUGACCUAUGUUACAUGAUAGAUUAUAUUUGUAUAUAUCUCCACUAUUAUUCUGAUGAAAACCUGGAAGAGUAAUGCUUUCUCAAAUACAAAUCUGAGAAUGUGUAGUGAAAGUGUUCUCAUUAUUCAGUAAUUUACUUGUGAUGUGAAUAUCAACCUAGAUAGAUGACCUGUGAUGAAUUAUGGUGCUGGUACCUUGUCACUCUCUCAUCCUCCAUCUGAGAUUGGCUAAACCAAUUUAUCCCAACUAGAGGUGGCCACAGAUUCACACUGGCUCACAAUGCACAUAAACAGUAGUCAUACAACAUGUGACUAAAGAGCAAGUAAUUUUAAUCCAAGAAUAAUCCAAGAGAUCCAUAUGAGGCUUAUUUCCAGAGGUACUUGUGCUAGGAAAAGAUGGCUUGACAAUGAAUCUGUUAUUAAGCAGAAUCAUUUCUAUAGAUCAAUGACAGAAGAAUUACUUUGAUGCCCUACAAAUAUUAUAGUGAAUAGAACUGCAAGAUAGCUCAGCUUCACUUGGGCAUUAUUUAAUAUUGCUCACAUAAUAAUCUCAAAUAUUCCAUUCUUUGUAUGUUGAUCAGUUCAUAUUAUUCAUCAUGUUGGUGCUUAUGAUUUUGAACUUUAUUAAAAAAGUUAUUAAUGAGAAUAGUGAUAAUUAUGUUCUUCAUAAUAGUAAAGAAGGAGCUGCCUAACUUUAUAUCAAACAUAACGAUGCCAGUGCCUUAGUAACUGCUUCCAAUUUAGACUAGUGUAAAUCCUUAGCAACCAAACAUUCCUAAGUUAUUUUCAAACUGUUAAACUUUAAGAUUAGGUAUACCUUUCCACAGUAUAUAUAAAGGUAAAGAGAAAGAAAAGUCGUAUUUUGUUAAGUGAACCCUAGAAGUUUAAAUACGUACUUUAAUUUACAACCAUGCUUGAGGUAUAAAAAUAAAGAUUAGCUUUGGAAAUUAGUAUCAGUAUGAAUAUUUUCAUGCAAUUUAUUGUGGUAAAUGAUGACAAGAUCUUUUAUUAGAAUGUCUUUCUUUAAAAUCUGCAAUUUGACAUGUUUGACUGUAUCUUAGGUAUAUACUUGAAUGAAAGCCAGUAGACUUAUGCAAGCGUUGGACAAGUUAGACUUAAGAGAUGCUCAACAGUAAUUAGAGUAACCUAUCAACCAUUGACUACUCUUAGCUCUAUUAUUAUUAAUUAUGGACAUAAUUGAGAGGCGAGUCAUGCUAGGUUGCACAUGAAGUAUGUGUUAACCUUCCAUGGUCAUCAGUGUCUUUUAAAUAUAAAGUAAGUAAUUAUAAGAAUUAGUUGCUGUACAAACAAUUGAAACUGUGUCCACUUCUCCUAAAUGGAUACAGCUACAGUUGCCAAUAUCUUUUUAUGUUAGUUUUCCUUUGUAUGUGAAUUUAGAGAAUAUUCCAGUUGAUUUGGUUAAGAGAGUCUAUGCAGACAUCCCAUUAAUAGUGUGUUAACAUUGGAUAUGCUGUACUUACGGAUAAUUCCCACCUAUAUGUUGAUACGUUGAAUUUUUAUAUAUUUUCUAUAUUACUAGUUCCUGUAUCUUACUUGAUUUAUAUUGCUUUGUCACAAGUAAUCACUGAAGUCUGGUUUAUAUUUUGAUAUGAGAAAUUCAUUUAUUUCAAUUAAAAGGUUUUGGAAGAAAAUUUCCCUCUUAUAAAUUGUGAUGAAGCAAAGGAUUUUUUUUUCUUCAGAAUACUGAAAUAGUAAAUAAUUUCCUUUUAGAUUUUUUAUAUAUUAAUUUUUCAGUUAUUAUAUCCGUAUUUUUACUGAUCUUGAACUUGUUUCUUAUCUGUGAAAAUCUCCUUUUUGUUCAAUGAAUUUUUCUUCAUAUAUGUUUAUUAAGACACUGUGUUAUUGAGUUGUAAAAGAUGGUUAUAUGCAGUAUGUUGAAAACUGAGCCACAUAUUUUGUUAACAUUUCUGCAGAGGGUUUAAUGCUUGCUCAGUUGUGUGAGGUAUUUAUGUAUGAAUUGUGCAUUUCUUGCUUUCUAUCAUCUCAAUACAGACUGAAACAUUUUAAGUUGUGUAAAAUGAUAGCUCUGCUCAUAUGGCUGCUGAUUGCUGAAAUUUACUUUCAUUUCAAUGACAAAUCAAUAAUAUUGGUGUUAAUUAACAUUCAAAUGAACAGAACUUGUGCUUUGUGUUAUGCAUAUUGAAAUCAAUAAAUAAUAAUUAUUUACAGGCACUAUUAACCUUUGAUACUUUUGCAAACAGAAAAAGGCUUUAUUAUAUUUUCUGGUGUAAAUUUGUAGUAUUAUAUGAAUGAUAAAGAUGGAUAUCAUUCCAGGUAAGCCUAGUAUACACACAAACACCUCUCUAGCACAGCAACACCCAGACAAAGGUAUAAAGGGAAAACUCCUCAUAAUCCCUGAUAUUUUUAAUACCAGUACUUAAAACCUGCAAGUGAAAGUGUAAUACUGUACAGUACUUUCAUCAUUACAAGUUAGUUUUUUUUUUUUUUAAUAAGUAAAUUUAUAAUAACUGCACAGGUAACCUAAACCAUAUACCUGUACUGUACUUUAGUUGUUGAUGAAGGGAAGGGUGUAGGAACCCUGUAUUUAUCAAGUAUGUGUGUAUGUACUGUCAUGAACAAAAGUCCUGUAGCUGCUUCUGCUGUUCCAUGAUCCCCGAGAUUCAGACUUGUGAAGCAGGAGGCACUGAUGCAUUAUUCUAUCUAUGUUUGAUUUGGAUUCAUGAGUUUGAAUCUUGGAGUUUGUAGUUCAGCAAAAGAAGUGACAGGACUUUUGUUCACAACAGGUACAUUUACAAUAAAAUGUGCUAUAUUCACUUCCAGUACAUUUAUACAAAAUAUUGUGAAUCGUAUAAUCUCUGAUGCUUAUGUAUGAGUUGAUAACUCUAACAUUAAAAACAGUAGAGCAAGCUCAUAAUAACUUUAUAAUUUUUUAAGUAAUUUAUAAUUACUGCACAAAUAAAUCUGAAAAUCUAACAUUUUCAUACUCGUGUAAAAGACAAAGGUCAAAAAAGUUGGCAGAGGUGGUGCACCACCACAACAACCUCAGCUCAAAUGAGCUUGGGUGGAUUACAGCUGGAUGUGCUUUGAUUGUCCAAGGUGUAAACAAAUUGAAAAAUAUAAUAGGGUAUACUGGUACUGCACUACAAUGAAUGUAAAUUUUGAGUAGGUCUAUGCGAGAGAGGUGUUACUGCAUACAGUUUUCAAGUAUUCUUAUAGUAAACAGAAGUGAAGCUUCAUAAUAUAAAGUUCAUGAUACAUUAUAUCAAUUUAUUUUGAUGGUAAAUUUACAUUGUGAACAAUUUGGAUCUUGACAGUUCAAAUUAAUUAUCUUUAGCUAUUUUCUUCUUUAAAACUUUCAUGUUUAAGAAGUAGAGAGAAAUAUUCUAAUUUCCCUGAUGCAUCAGUGAACAUAUCUGCAAUGAAAGCAGUAAUGGCAAGCUAUAUGGAAGGAGAUGAUAAUGUCAUAAUUUAUGGUCAAACAUAAUGGUGCCGAGUAAUAUUAUGAGUUGGGUUUAAUCCCAAUUGGCAGGGUGCUGUUUCUUUAAGUCUGCACACAGUAGUGCCCCCACACAGUGCCCGACAAGGAUGCAACUUUGUUUCAGCAAAUGUUUAUCUUCUUUUAUAACUCUUCUCCAUAUUUAUAGAUAAAUAUCUCAACUUCAUUUGAGUAGAUUUAAAUCAUUGACAAUAAAAUACACACACAGCUUGUGUUCCCCCAUAAUUAAUGUACCACAACUGUUCAAGUGUUAUACAGUACAGUAUGUGAAAAUAGAUUUUUUGUAUGUUAACAUACUUCAAUCUUUAAUUUUUUAUUGAAAUUGUCAAUACAGUAUUUAGAUUAUAAAUUUGAUUGUUACAUAGUUUUUAAUGUACUACUGUUUCUAUGAAUUUUUUUAUGAAUUAUUAUGGUGUUAUUUAUUGUUGAUAGAAUUUUUCAUGGCUCAAGAUAAGAAAACUAGCUGCCACAAACAUUAUUCAUAUUAUUUAGAAAUUGGUGCCAGAAUUAACAGGCUCCUCAUUUAGGAUAUUGUGUUUUCAAAUACCUCCAGUACAUCUAGUGCAUUUUGUGUCAUAUUGUAGAGAGCCUGGAGAAUCUGGCAAGAAAAUUAUAAGUUGUAACCAUUACUAAUUGUAGCAUUUGAAAAGACCUAGUACUUUAUCAAAAAAUCACACUAACUAGUCCCACUGUAAUUGCUCUGCUUAUAUAACUUCACAACAUAAUGCAUUCAUUUUUCUUAGGUAUGUGAAAGUAGACUUUUUUCACAUUGAUUCCCCAAAUGUCAUUUGUCUGAUUCUCAAAGCCAACAUUCCAGUUACUUAAAGAUGCAACAUUCCAUAGUGAUAUUAUUUUGCUAAUAUUGUGAUGUUUAGUUAAAAAAUCAUUAGAUAUGUUUACCUCUAUUUAGCUUUAAAGACUAUCUUCUUAAUAAAUUACAGCUUGGUGUUGGGUUCCAUAGAGCUUAAUAAAAACUGACAGUUGC